UCAUCAGAGAUCCUUUCCUUUCUCUUCUUUAUCAAUUUCUCAUCUCUAUCAUUUACAUAUAUCUUCUUAUUAGGACAGUAAUCCUAUCUCUCUACUUUCCUUAACGUUAUAAAAUAAAAUAUGAAGUUUACCCUCCUCGCUGGUGCUAUUUCUGUUAUUUCACAAGUUUCUGCUGUCAUAAUUGUUAAUCCAUGGGCUGAUACUACUUGGGUUUCUGGUGGACAAGGCGAAAUCACUUGGAAAAUUACCACUGCUGAUGCUGGUCUUAAAUGCGAAAUUUACAUGUUAAACGGUGAUUAUAAAAAUUCAAACCUUGUAGCUCAAGUUACUAACCCUGCUACACCUGUUGAUUGUUCAGUUGGAAAAUAUGCAAUCUAUCCUUUGAACGACUUUGCCUCUGGAAAAUAUUGGAUUCGUAUUGGUCAACGAUCUACUGGUAAUUGGGCCUAUUCAGCUCCUUUUGAUUUUAAAGGCAAUGGUACUGCUAAACCUGAAUCUAUCGUUGUAACUCCAACUGCCGUUAAAAGCAAUAGCACCACAGCUGCUGUAAUUACAACUGCUCCAGCCACUACGAGUACUGCUAAAUCUUCUUCUAGUUCUUCUGCUGAAACUAGUAAGACUACAUCUAAUGAAUCUGGUGCGCCAAUGAUGUCUAUUAGCUCUGCUGUAAUUGCUUUAGGCGCCAUUGCUGCUGUAGCAUUAAUUCUUUAAGGCUUUCAUUAUGUAACACUAUUAUGUUUCUAACAUGUAUAGUUAUAUACAUCUAUUUAAUACUAUUUAAUAAACUUAUAAUCUUUAAUAACC